AUGGAUGAACCGGAAGACGUGUCGGAAGCCGUGGCAUACCUGCGCUCACCGGUCGCUUCAUUCAUAACGGGCUCGUCUUCGGGUAUCGGCGAAGGGAUUGCUCUGAAGUUGUCGUCUUUGGGCGCAAAUGUAGUCAUCACUGGAAGGGAUGACCAGAGAAUCCAAUCUGUGGUCAAAAAGUGUGAAUCUCUUUCCAAACAGAAAGCACUUGGAGUUAGAGCUGACAUUAUGGUCGAUACGGAUGUAAAGAAUCUGGUUGAAAAAACAAUCGCAGAAUUUGGGAAAAUAGAUAUUCUCGUGAAUAACGCCGGUAUCGGACCGUCGGCUAAAUUCGGUGAACCCGGGUAUUUGGAGUCAUACGACAAAGUGAUGAACACUAAUGUCCGGAGUAUUCAAGUAUUGACUCAAUUAGUGGUUCCUUAUCUGGAGACAACUAAAGGAAACGUUAUUAACAUCUCAAGUGUGGCCGGACUUAAACCCUCUGGGAGGGCUAUGCCAUACUGUAUGGCCAAAUGUGCACUGGAUAUGUUUACUAAAUGUUUGGCCCUCGAGUUGGGACCCAAAGGGGUUCGCGUUAAUAGUGUUAAUCCUGCGGCUAUUCGUACGCCAAUCUUCGAGACAAUGACUGGAAAUAAGGAUUAUGUGAAUACAGUUGAAAAGCAAUGUCAGGAUAACUAUCCGCUGAGACGUAUCGGUGAACCGGAAGACGUGGCCGAAGCCGUGGCAUACCUGUGCUCACCCCUAGCCUCAUUCAUAACGGGUGCCAUUUUGCCGGUUGAUGGCGGUGUACUUAGAGCACCUAUGCCUGCUAGAUAAAUUACUAAUUUUUAAAUAUGAAUUUGAAAUGUUUAAUAAAAGUAAAGCAUUAUUAUUGAGC